AUGAGUAAAUCAAAUCGAGAUGAAAUAGAUUCUGAACUGAAUCGAAAACCCGUUACAUUUACUGAUGAAACAUUACCUGUUAUUUCUUGUAAAGAAAUCGUUGAAAAAGAUCCUGUCCAUUCAGUCAAUGCAAGUGUACAAACUAAAUUUGAAGUACAACUUGCUGAUGCUACUUGUCAAAGUAUAAAACAUAAAGAAUGUGAAGUUCAAACAGAUGUUGGAGAAAAACCUGCUGACGAUCAUGUGGAAAUUGAUAUGAGUCGUUUUAAUAAAUUUCUUGGACGUGUCGAACCCAUCGUUUCAUAUUAUCUCGAUGAUAAUUUAGAGCGUCCUAAUGUUCUGCGACAUAUUAAAAUGAGAUAUACUGGCGACGAGACAGCACAAGAAUUGUUUACAUUAAGUUAUCCAGAUAUUUUAAUUGAUAAAGAAAUUCAAGUUACAAGUUUAUCAUGGUCAGCGAAUGGUUCAUCAAUCGUUGUGGGCUACGGAAGUACGUCACAUGAAGGUUUAUGUAUGCAUAAAGGUGCUGUAUGUUCAUGGAAUAUUGAACGAUAUAAAAUCAAUCCAAAUAAGCCCGAUAUAACUAUUGAAACAAGUACAUGUGUUACCACACUUGCUUGCCAUCCAGAAAGGCCAGGCAUUGUAGCAGCUGGUCUUUAUAAUGGUGAAAUACUUGUUUGGGAUUUUCGUGAACAAGAUUCAUUGAUAGCUCGUGUUUUGGAAAGACAAGAUUUACAUCGAGAUUCGGUAACAUCGUUACAAUGGAUUCGUGAACCGAAAUUAUCAAAGAAAAAGUUUAUUCUUGUAUCAACAAGUCAAGACGGAAAAAUUCUUCUCUGGAAUCCAUUACCUAGUAAAAAUAAUUUAAAAUUGACGGAUGCUUAUUUUGUUGCAAUCAAAGGCGGCAAUAGUAGAUCAGUAGGAAAACCAAUGGGAGUUACAAGUGUAACGUUUAAUAAUGAAGAUUCAGAAACAUUUAUUUUUGGUUGUGAUUCCGGAUUUUUAUACAAAGGUUCACUUAAUUCUGUAUCAUCUGUUCAAUCACGCGAAGAAGGUCUGGCUGAAAUGUCUAUUCAACCGAAAAAUCCAGUUACAAUGGCAUAUCAAUCACAUGAUAGUCCAAUUUAUGCUGUUAGUUUUUCACCUUUUAAUCGACAUCUAUUUCUAACGAGUGCACAUGACGGACAACUUCGACUCUAUUCUCAACUUUUUGCUAAUUUCGGACGUUGUUUUGCACCAGCACAAGGCGCCAUUUUUACUUGUCGUUGGUCACCAUCGCGUCCUCUUGUUUUAGCAGCAGGGAGUGAACAUGGAGGUACAUUGAUCUAUGACCUUGAACCACACGAAGGCACGCCAGAUAGUCUUCUACUCUCAAUACCUGUUCAAGAAUUACCAUCAUCCGAUAAACGAUCAUCAAUAAAUGCUUUGGAAUUCAAUCAUAAAACUCCUAAUAUAUUAGCAUGUGGUGAUAGUGCAGGUGCAGUGAUGAUUUGGAAACUGGCUGAACGAUUUACAACAGCGCAAAAUGACGAAAUAGAAAAUUUACAGAUAUUAGCUAAAAGUUUUGGUGAUAGUUAA